AGAGAGCCCAGCCCUCUUACUAAACAGUAGUCUUGGCAGAUUGCCUUGGUUUUAGUCAUGAGAUUAGCAAUAUUCUGUUAAUCAUCUGCAGAGGGCUUUAUUCCACUGAUUCUUUGCAACUGAAAGGAGGAGUGGAGGCGUUCCUCUGCCAAACAGCAACGAAAAAGACCAGCCUUCCAUGGAUGUGCAAAGAGAGCUGAGUUCUGGCAGACAAGACUACAGAACCCACAUGGUCUCUGGCAUGAGGGAUCUCAGGCUUUGGUUACAUUGGGUCUACAUUUCACCCUUUAUUUCUAACUCUACAGCUUCAGUGUGAACUGCAAUCACCCAGUUUGGAAAGUGGUUAAAGCUUUUUUUGAAGAUGGAGAAGGGUAGUUUGAGAGUGAUUUAUGUACUGACACUAGUCAUGUUUUUGGGUGUCUGUGCUUCUGGAUCAAAAACCAAGGGGAAGAGUGGAACAUCUCCAUGGAACCAGCAAGAAGAUCAAGAGCGUUUUGCUCAAAAAAAGAUCUUUGGGGAUGCUGGAGUUAGUGACUUUGAUCAAGAUGAAUUCCAUAUGGAGAUGUCAAAAGUAGACUAUAUGGAGGAUGCAGAUGGAGGUUCUGUGCACACACUAUCUGAGGAGUUUUCUGGAACUCACCCGACUCCAACACCUCAAUCAGAACUGCCUAAUUUGAGUCUGACAUCUAGUGUAGACAAAGAUGGCAGUGCUGGUGGAAUCCUCAUUAAAAACAAUGUCACAGAACAAGAUAUCACAAGGAUCUACAACCCUCUGUUCCCAGUGACAAACAGCUCCUACAGUGCCUAUGGGAUUCUGUUUCUGGCCCUUGUAGUGUUUGCUGUAGGGAUUGUGGGUAAUCUGGCAGUCAUGUGUAUUGUUUGGCAUAACUACUUCAUGAGGAGUGCAUGGAACUACAUCCUGGCCAGCCUGGCUUUCUGGGACUUCCUGGUCCUGUGUUUCUGCCUGCCCGUGGUGGUGUUUAAUGAACUCACCCACAAGCGGCUGCUGGGGGAUUUUUCUUGCAGGGUUGUACCCUACAUGGAGGUGACAUCACUAGGCGUGACAUCCUUCAGUUUGUGUGCACUUGGUAUCGAUCGUUUUCAUGCAGCCACCAGCUCCCUCCCGAAGACCCGGCGAGUGGAGCGUUGCCAAUCCGUUCUAGCUAAACUGGCAGUGGUGUGGGUCGGUUCCAUGGUCCUAGCGGCCCCAGAGCUGCUCAUAUGGCAGCUGCAACAAGUCAAAUCCCCUUCUUUGGGCGUCCAGAUGGAUGUCUGCAUCAUGAGCCCAUACCCAAACCUCCCAGAGUCCAUUUACUCCCUGAUCAUCAACUACCAUGACACUCGCAUCUGGUGGUACUUUGGCUGUUACUUCUGCCUGCCUGUGGUCUUCACCUUGCUCUGUCAGCUGGCCACCUGCCAUGUCUCCACCGAUAGUGGAAGCUCUGGCAAGCGAGCCGAAGACCGCUCUCCAUCCACAAAGCAGAAACUUCAACAUGCACAGCAGGUUGAACGGCAAUUGAACUGCACCGUCAUGGCACUGGCCGUGGUUUAUGGGGUGUGUGCGCUGCCUGAGAACGUAUGCAACCUUACCCUGACCUAUGCUUCUAUACAGCCAUCCAAGGAUGUUUUGGCUCUCCUCACUCUGAUAAAUCAGUUUUUCCUAUUCUUUAAGUCAUCUGUGACGCCGGUGCUCUUGCUGUGUCUGUGUAAGACUCUGGGUCAGGCGUUUAUGGACUGCUGCUGUUGCUGCUGUGAGGAAUGCCAACCCAGCACCUCCUCUUCCUCCCAAAACAUUGCUGAAAGCAAGCAUGAGAUGUCCUCAUCUAUUUUCUUUGACAAAGCCAAGGACAGCACGACCAUUUUGUCUAUUGGCAGCUGAGUCAGCAGACCUUGCUUUGAAGUGAUAAGGUCACAAGAUGACCUUGAAUUAUUUCUCACAUCCACUUUCAUCACAUCUCUUAUUAGUGACCAUGACUUUUUUUUCCCCAGGCUCACUGUCUGAUGGGAAAACUUACUGGGGUCUUAGGUGGUUCUAGAAGUUGUCCCUUUGCUGCUCUGAAGCUUCUUUUAAAAGGAGGAAGAAUUCAGCAUGUUUAAACAAUCAGCAUAAGCAGUCACUUACAGGCAGAACCCACUUCAAACAAAAAUUUAGUUUCUUAGCUUGACUAAUCACAAAUACUGCACCAUUUUGUCAUAAAUGUAAAGAUACUCUAAUAUUCUCUCAAGAUAGAUUUGGGUUUUGUACUUUAAAUCAUUAACACCUUCUGUCAACAAUAUAUCAUAUCAAGUCUCUUUAGACUUAGCCCAUAUGGCAACUGUUUGUCAGCUUUGUAUAAAAAUUGUGACUUUUAUUAGUAAGUCUAUAUUUAGUGAUGAUUUUCAACAUUUUCUAGAUAUCUGACCAGCAGUGAAUAAUUCAUAUAAAAAUAAUUUGUUCAGAUGGGUAUAUCUUUUCAAGAUACUGUUUUGUUUUGGGUUCUUUGUUUUUUUGUUUUUUUUUUGAGAAAUGGGGUUGUUUAUGUAACAAAUAGUGCUGGUUAAUAAUUGAUGCCAUGGUUUUGUUUUUAUGUAACCGCUUGACUAGUUUGCAUACUCUUAAUUAUUAUAAACUAUUGUACAUGCACUGAAUUGUUUUAUUAGACUGUAAAUAAACUUAAGAAACACAAAAACUGAAAGUACCGAUGGCACCAUUUAAGUUUUUUUUUUUUUUAAUGUGAAGCUUCAAUUAGCACAAAAAGCAAUUGAAAGUGCCUGAUAGUGUUAAUUACUAAAUUCUAAUUGAAUAAAGUUAUUGAAUUUACAAAAAGUGUUUUACCUACACAGAUCCAACCACCAUCUGUGAGUUUUUUUUAUUUUUUAUUUAAGUGUAUGAAAUGUAAUCAGAGCUUAAACAAAUGUGCAGCAGAAUAUGUAACUAGUAGGAGUUUGUUCCAAAACUUUAUGUAUGUCUGUUUAUGCCUAAGCGACGAGUUUUGUCUGCACAGGCUUGGUGGGUUUCUUCUUUCCCAUAAGGUUUUCAUUGUUCUGAAAAGAAGAUGGAGGCUUCCACUGAAUAUCAAUGUCCAGACUACAGCUGAGUUGCCAAGAGACCACCAAAAAUUCACAUGCGCUUCAGACUGGCCAAUAGUGAAGACAAAACCCUUGGGUUUUCCCACCUUUCUUGGUUGUCACAGGAACCAGAGCUCAUCUGUUAAUAGCAUGAUGUUUGUAUGCUUUCGUGUUCGACAGUUAAAUUAAGUGUGCAAAUUACUUUGAACAAUUAGUUUUACAGACUGUCUCACUACAAACUAGCAUAGUAACAACAAGACAGGACUGUAGAUUACGUAUGUGUAAUAGAAUAAAAAUUGUCCAUCACUAUUUGUUACAGAGAGAGACAUGCCUGUUCCUGUAUAGGGGUUUUGUACAGGUUGACCUCUUUAGAGUCCUAGCCUUGGCCUGCGUUCAGUAGCUGUCAGGGAUUGGGAAGAUGAAAAAGAGAAUGAGCAGCCUCAUUAGAGAGUUGGAGCUUUACGGAUGGAGCUCUAUUGGCACUAAUGACUGAGAAGGAACAGACUAAUCUCUGUUCCCUAUAAUGAAACUAGAGUCCAAUUCAGAAAACAUCCCCCACCAUUUCUAAUGUCCUGAACGAGUAAUAAAACUAUUAAUAAUAACAAAGAAGAUGAUAUGUGACUAAUUACAGUACCAGUCAAAACCUUGGCAUAGCUACACUUCAGAAGAGCUACAUUUUUUGAAUCUAGAAACCCAGAACAGUAAUAAAGAUAUAGUCAAAACUAUGAAGUCACACAGAACAUUUAAUGGUCUUAUGUAAAAAAUAAAAAAAUAAAAAAAUACAACAAAAAA